GCGGUGGAUCCAGGAGAUGCCGUUGGAUAGUUAUUGGAUACCUACACUACUAAACUGACCUAAUACUUGCGUGGCAACUCUGAAAUUCAUGGCUGUCUCCUCCAAACUCUUUCUUUUUUCCCUUAACAUCUAUAUUCAAUCUUUUCUUGUUGUUCGCUUUGCAUUACUCAUGGGGAAGGAUGGGGAAGCAUGGUAAAAUGGAUUGAGGCGGUACGGCUGACGGCGGGUCGGGAAUUUGUCGAGAUAUGGUAUUUCCCGAAAAAACUGGAGCAGUCAGUGAGAGUGAGAUUGGUAGAAGCUACCUGUUGUUCACUCACCGACCUUGACAGCGAGGCUCUCCAAACGAGCGGGUGUAGUAAUUUACCAGUAGUAUAGUGCUACAAAUAAUCGAAUUAAGAAUAAAGUAC